AUGAGAUUGCCGUUAUUCAGGACCGUAUUCGCCCUCAUCAUCAUAAAUAAGGCGGGAGGCCUGAUCUACAACCGGACUCUUCAUGAGGGCGGGCUAAACAAGAUUAGCACCAACGAUUACCUCGUCCUGGCGGGCACUUUCCAUGGCGUCCACGCCAUCACCGCCCGUCUGAACCCCAUCAAGCCCCCUCGCGCCCAGAGGACGUCGACCUCAUCAACGGGCGCCAUGGUGCGCCCGGACCCGCCGUCGGGACUCGAGGUGCUCGAGUCGGAGAAUUUUCGGAUGCAGUGCUUCACUACGCUUACCGGCAUCAAGUUCCUGCUCUUCACCGACACAACGCAGACAAACAUUGACCUAAUUAUGAAGCGCAUCUACGACAUGUACACCGACUACGUCAUGAAGAACCCCUUCUACCAGCUCGAGAUGCCCGUACGCUGUGAUAUGUUUGACCGGAAAUUGUCGUCGUACAUUAGGGAGAUCAACAACAGGUAA